AUGCUUCUGCCAAAGAAUGAGAGAAAAGAGAGGGGAAAAGAGGAAAAGGCAGAGGAGGAGACAGGAAAGAUAGUUUUUUCCUGUGCAAUGAGUGGAAUGACACUGUGGAGAGCUUAUUGCUUGCUUCUACUGGUAUCCCUGAUAGCUCUGCAGGGAAAUGCCCACCCACAGUGCCUGGACUACAAGCCUCCCUUCCAGCCCCCAGCGCCCCUGGUCUUCUGCAAGGAGUAUGCCAAAUUCGGUUGCUGUGACUUAGACAGGGAUAACCAAAUAUCCCGGCGCUUUUAUCAGAUAAUGGAUUACUUUGAUCAUUCUGGAUACAUGGCCUGUGGGAAGUAUAUCCGCAGCAUUCUUUGCCAGGAAUGCUCACCAUAUUCAGCUCACCUGUAUGAUGCCGAAGAUGCCAACACUCCAAUGCGGGAGCUUCCAGGUCUUUGUGGCAACUACUGUAGUGAUUAUUGGUUCCAUUGCCGUUAUACUCUCAGUCUUCUGACCAAUAUCAAUGAAAUGCAUGCUAUUGAGAAAGACCAAACUAAGUUCUGCAAAUAUCUAGAGCUGAAGGAUCCAGAGUAUUGUUACCCAAAUGUCCUCUCCAACGAUGAGCUCAACGCAAACCUGGGCGAUGUUCAGGCAGAUCCACAAGGCUGCAUACAUUUAUGCCUGGAAGAAGUCGCGAAUAGUCUUCGCAAUCCUGUCGCGAUGGUUCAUGCGAAUGAUGGCACUCACCGUUUCUUUGUCGCAGAGCAGCUGGGUUAUGUGUGGACCUACCUGCCGAAUGGCUCUAGAAUCGACAGGCCUUUCCUGAAUCUGACCAAGGCUGUUCUAACAUCACCUUGGGCAGGGGAUGAGCGAGGGUUCCUCUGCAUUGCCCUGCACCCUCGUUUCACAGAGGUAAAAAAGGCCUAUGUCUACUACUCUGUGUCUGUGAAGAAGCAGGAGAAGAUUCGGAUCAGUGAGUUCACCCUAUCUGAUGCAGAUAUGAACAUGCUAGAUCACUCCUCAGAAAGGACACUUUUAGAAGUUCACGAGCCUGCAUCAAACCACAAUGGAGGUCAGCUACUGUUUGGGUUAGAUGACUAUCUGUACAUAUUCAUAGGAGAUGGUGGCAAAGCAGGAGACCCUUUUGGAAAGUUUGGAAAUUCCCAAAACAAAUCCACUCUCCUUGGCAAGGUUUUGCGAAUUGACGUUGACAACAAUGACUAUGGUGCCCCCUACAGUAUCCCACCAGACAAUCCUUUUGUAGGAGAGAAGGACACAAAGCCAGAAAUCUAUGCCUAUGGUGUGAGGAACAUGUGGAGAUGUUCCAUCGACAGAGGCGACCCAAUCAGUGGCCAGGGACAGGGGAGAAUGUUCUGUGGGGAUGUUGGACAGAAUAAAUAUGAGGAAGUGGACCUCAUCGAAAAAGGAGGGAACUUUGGAUGGAGGGCAAAAGAGGGGUUCUCUUGUUACGACAACAAACUAUGCUCCAACUCUUCACUCAAUGAUAUUCCUCCAAUUUUUGCUUAUCCGCAUAAAAUUGGCAAGUCUGUAACUGGCGGCUAUAUCUACAGAGGCUGCCAGAUGCCCAAUCUUAAUGGUCUGUACAUAUUUGGGGAUUUUAUGAGUGGGCGACUGAUGUCACUAAGGGAGAACCCUGACACAGGAAAAUGGACCUAUAAGGAGAUUUGUAUGGGCAGUGACAAAACUUGCAGUUUCCCUAAACUUAUAAACAGCUACUAUAAAUAUAUAAUAUCUUUUGGUGAAGAUGAGGCAGGAGAGCUCUACUUCCUUGCAACAGGAGCAGCCAGCGCAACAGCCAGAGCUGGAGUGAUAUAUAAAAUAGUGGAUCCAUCAAGGAGGGCCCCUCCAGGCAAGUGCAGCUACAAGCCCACUCCAAUCAACAUAAAGGGCAAACUGAUUCAUUUUAACCCUAAGGAAGAGUUUGUGAUUAACAAAAAAACAGCACCCCCAACAACUGCCCUGCCCAAGUCAAAACCAACCAAAUCCAGUACAACCAUGACUCCCCGACCUCGAGUUCCACAAACAACUUGCAGAGUGCCUCCUGCGACCACAGUCCGAGCAUCUACACCACAGCGACGUACCCUUCACAGUACCCCGAGGCCCAGGCCUCCCUCUUUGACUACUCCAAGGCCUGAAUACUGGAUGCUUACACCCAAGCCCACUGCAAAGACCCAAAGAGGCAGGCCUGGUAAACGAGGCCGAGGCAAGCCCAGGGGGAAAGGAAACCGGAAAGGUAAGUCUCGUGCCGGAACGGUGAGGCUGGUCAGUGCUGAUGGCCGAAAAGACCGUGGCCGAGUGGAGAUCUUUGUGCGUGGCGAAUGGGGCACAGUGUGUGAUGACUUGUUUAAUAUGAAGGCUGCAGCUGUAGUCUGCAAGCAGCUCGGAUAUCCUUUGGCCAUCCGGGUGGCUAAGAGAUCAGAGCUUGGUGCAGGAGGCAUUGGGAUUAGCAUCUUACUGGACGAUGUGGAGUGUGAAGGGACAGAACGGACUCUGCUACACUGCAAACAUGCCAAAAUUGGGAAAAAUAACUGUUCUCAUGAAGAGGAUGUUGGGGUGUUUUGCGGCCAUUAUGAAAACACUAUGGUGUUAAAGAGAAUGAUUUGAUGUUAUUAUUGCUGGUUAUUAUUAUACAGCCCAUUCCAUCUUACAACUGUUGUUUAAAGGAAAGCAAAAUAAUUUAUUCUCAUUUAAAAGGUUAGUUCAUGCUAAAUAAAAUGGGAAAUUAUGUCAUCAUAAUUCACUCUAAUGUGGUUCCAAACCCAUAUGACUUAAUUUCUUUGGUGGA